CUGCGGCCGCAUGUAUAUUUAAUAGAUUCUUUCAUUUGCAUGUUGAAAAUAAAGAAAACAGCAUACCGCAAUAUACUGUGCAGCAUACAUAUACAACCUGCAGUUGAAAAGUGUCAUGAACAUAGUCUCGGUGGGAGGGAGGAUUGUGAUUGUUUAUGUAAAUGUGCAUAAUUUUUAUAUACCUUUAUGGAGGAGUUAUUAAAAGCAAUUUGGUGGAGCAUAGAAAUCAUUUUACGGAAAUAGAAUUGGAAAUAUACUAGACGGAUUGAUGCCUUAAGUGCUCGUAAUUGUUCGGAAGUUCUUAUACGAUAGCAUUUUUCUGGCAUACAUAUGCGGGUGUCGGGCGUUCUUACUUCAUUGGUGCCACACUCAAUUUUAUCAGCGGUCGAAAUCGAUAUUGUCUAUAAGAGGAUUCAGUAAAGAAUUAACAGGAAAAUACCCGCAUAUGAUUAAAGUAUUUAUCUUUGGCUACUUAGUUAUUUAAUUUUUAAUCAUGAACACUGCACCUUCGGGGUCGGAGGUGAUAUCACAACGCAAGCGUGUUGGCAGACCACCUAAACCAACACAGUCCAGGCAGUCAAAUAGCGAAGGGUCAGUUGAAGAGGAAUCUCCAAGUACUUCAGAAACUGCUAUGAGUAAAAAAGAUGUCGACGAUAUACUUGUAGUUGAUGGCGCUGCUCUGGCAAUAUCGCCGCCACUGGUAAAAGACACAACCGAUGCAUGUAAUUCCCGUGUGCCUGCUGCUCCAACUACUAGUGGCGAGUGUCGUCGAAGUUCGCGUAAAAAAAUCAUAAAGUUUGAUGUUAGAGAUUUAUUGAAUAAACAUCGAAAGCCACAUAAAAUUCAAAUAGAAGCGCGUAUCGAUUCAAAUGCACCACAAACGCCAAAACCCACUGCAUCGGGUUCAAUGGGAAGUGGUAGUGCUGGUGGAACUUCAGUCCCUGCAUCCAACUCUGAUUUGAGUAGUAAACAAAAGGCAUUUAUGGAAAAAUCAGCAAUAUUUCGCCGCAUAUCAAUAUCGGAAAAACAAAAUCAGCUAAAUGCACCUCCACUACCCCCACCCCUGUCAGCAGUACCGAAAAUGAGUAUGCUCGGCACAAUUAACAGAAAAAGUAAUGCUGACGUCUUGGCCGCGAUGGAUCCGGCAAAAAUAGCACAGGCACGCCGACUUAGUCGCACACAGGAAAUAUUCAAUGCCAGUCUAAUGAAAUCGAAGCAAAACUCCAGUCUCAUUGUCGCACAAAUCGAGAGCAGUAGUUGUAGUUCGAGCAGUGGUUUGAUAAGCCAAAAGGUGUCGACACCUCCCCAGCAGAAAAAGGCGACAAAUGUAUCUACCAAACGCAAAAGCAUUCCCAACUCUUUGUCUGCGUCUAUGCAAAAUGCGGACGUACAGAGUAGCACACCAGAAACUGGCGUACAAAAGCGUCGCGGACGCCCGCCGAAAAAUAAAGCACCCUUGGCACAAACUAAAAACAAAAUAACUGUUGUUGGCAAAAAUCUAGAUCAACAGAAGUAUAAAUCGCUAGAAGAUGUAACCAAAGAGUUGGAAAAGAACGAUGCUGUUAGGAGAGCAAAUCUUAGUAAUGCUACAAAUUGGAAAGAGUAUAAAGCCACCUUAAACCGUGUCAGUAAUUCAGCGAAGGCUAGCCAAAUCAUGGCGAGUAGAGUGCAAAAACCACUUCAACAGGAGAAAAAAUCCACAUUUCAGAAUGAAGAUGUAAUUUUAGAGAUAUCGUCAACUUCAUCUGCAUCUGAUCAUGAAAUUCAGCAAAAGGCAACGACUUCAACGGCUAAUGCACAAGAAUCACCGCCGCGAAAUUUCGCAUCUGUAUGUAUUUUACAAGAAAGUCCAAGUGUGUGCGAAGUUACUGAUGCAGAAGAAUUUAUUGUUGCCGCUGUUGAAGAAAUAACAACUGAAAAUUCUCAAUCGGCCAAGUCCAUAUCUUUAGAACCCGGAGACAUUACUACAAGUGCACAAGACGUAGCUAAUGUAGUAGUCGGAGAUGAACAGAAUACUAUAAAUAUCAACUUGAAUAUGGAUAUUAGUAAAGAAACAGAAAUUGCAUCAAGUUCAUUCUCAGAAGUGACAUAUAGAGAAUCAUAUGGCAGUCGCAAAUCGAGCGGUUCAGAAUCGGAAAGUGGCUCCGAUCGCAGUAAUAAAAGCUAUAAAAAAGGCGAUAAACUGCGCAUUUCGGUGAAGCGUCUAACAAUGCCGCAAGAUGAGUGCGUUUCAACCAUAUCACUGUCCUCAGCGUCUAACAGCUGCAGUGAUAUCGUAGUAGCCAGUAGCGCCAAUAACAACCGCAACAACAAUAGUGCCGAGAAUAACGGUGCUACAAACGAAUUAAAUACCGUAGCAACAAGUAAAGCCCUCCCCACAAGACGAUCUCAUCGUAUACCUAGAAGAAGUACCGCUAAUAAAUCUAAAAGCAGCGAAUCUGAUUCAGAUUCAAAAAUUUCUUCAAAUGAGCUUCAAAGCUUUGAUACAAAAAUUCAGAUGAAAAAGACUGAAAAAGAAACGGAGAAAACUGGUGGACUGCCAGUUGAGUUGAGUGUGCUAAAGAAUGACGGUAAAACGGACAUUGACUUCGAGCUAUCAACCGUAGAUGAAAACAACGUUACAGUUAAAGCAAUUGAAAAUGUUGUUGAUGUGGUACAAGUUGAAGAAAAUCAAUUGGCGAUAAAGGCAGCACAAAAUUCCGCUGUUGAGGUGUCCGCUGUUCAAGUAAAUGAGACCUCCCUUGCUUGUAUCAUCAACGUUAAAGAUCUCGUAGAACGAGUCGAAGAUGGGCGCAAGGAGUAUGAAAAACAAGUCAGUGGCACGAGCGCAUUAUCACAGGUGGUUGUUCCUUCUACUUCGCAUGAAACCAAGAAAGAACGAAUUACUUUGCCAAUAAAGAAACAAGCGAGUAAAUUCAAAAUGUACGAAGAAGCAGUUCAUAAUGUAGUGGCUAAUGUCGAAACAAGCACGUUAUUGGAUAUACUAAAGACUGUCAAACAGAAUGAUUUGACAAUGGGAACGACCGAAGGUACGUUACAACAACAAGCUCAGGUGGCGAUUCCAACAGCAUGCCAGCAAAUGCAAUUAAAAACAUUGGUUAAUAAGGAAGAAAAAAUUGAAACUAACUGCGCAGCGAAUGAAACACAUACAAGUAAAGAAAUGUUGAUCGACACCAAGACGUUGAUUGCAAGUGAGCAUCCUAGUGACACAAAUGUGGAUAUAAAAAGUUCCAGGAUACAGGAAAUGUCGCCAGAUAGGAAAGUGCGAAUAGGCGAAAAGUUUGAAGAAACACUUGAAAUCCUUCCAGUUGAAAAUCCCACAGAUCAGAGGCAGCUCGCUGUCGUGAAAUUUGAUUCUUUGAAGUAUGCAAUAUCGGAAGUGUUGGCGGAACGUGAGUCUCCAGCCGUGCAAUCGCCGGAAGGUUCAACUGCGACAGAAGCCAUUCCAGACAAUUCAUCAGCUGAAAAAUUAAAAUCGCAUACCGCCGACAACACAACCAUUUUGUCGGAUUUUUCUCAAGAAGGUUCACGUGCAUCGAAAAGCUCUACAAAGGUUUGCAAUGUUUUAAAUCUCACUGAUAACUUGGAGCCGCAGUCUAUAACGAAUGAGGCUGCAACUGGUCAAGUAUUGGAUGAGAGUAGCAUGGGAGGAGUAUCACCAACGACGGAUUCACAGCCAUCAGGCGAUGAACAGGCAAAAGUUGCCACCAAAAAGACACCGUCUCCAACACCUUCAGAAAAUUCCAUAGGAGGUUAUUCAAAAAAACCGACCCGACGAUAUGAGAGACGUUCACAACGGGGCGAUGUAUCUGCUCAUAAAACGCUGGAAGAAACAUUUGCUGAAAUAGCUGCAGAAAGUAGCAAAGCAGUUUUAGAUUUGAAAGCUAAAAAAGUAGAAGUUCCGAAAGAAAGUAGCGCAACGAUAACAGACAGCCUGAGCAAUGCAGUUGAACUGGAAAAAAGUGCAGAAAAAAGUAGUUCUUCUGAUAUUCCUGCCAAUGUGGUGGAUGUAAAUAAAUGUAAGGCCACUGAUAAUGCAACUUUAACUAUGACUAUCGAGACGAAUCGAACUCUAUCCCCUAAAUUAGAGGAAGAUAAGGUUCUCACAACAACUUCAACACAAUCUAACUCAUCCCCUAAAUUAGAGGAUGAUAAGGUUCUCACAACUUCAUCACAAAAUAUUGAGGAAGCUACAGCAAAAGUUACAUUCCCAGAAAUUAACUCCAAAACGGAUUGCAGUUUUUCCAAACUGCUGUCAGUGCUAGAUGACGGUGACAGUAAUUCAAAUCAUUCAUCUCCAUCACGUCGGCGAGGCAGGCAGAGAAAUAAAAAAGAUAAAGAUAUUAAUAAGUCUUCUCCAAGCAUAGAAGCGACUAAAGAAGUGCCCAUAGAAGGACCGAGUAAUACAAUUACAAACCUCGCUUCAGAGUGUAAAUCUCUUUUAAUACCAGCACCAGAUUCACAUACGGCUAGUAAGCAGAAGCUUAUCAAUAUGGCGUCCUCUGCGCCAGAAGGCAAUGUAUUGAAAAUAGCGGAAGCUGAUUUGAGGCCGGUAAGUGUAACGCAAAUCGUAGAACCGCCGGAAAGUACUCCAUUGGAGGAAGAAUUUGCAAAUGCAGCUGAGACCGAAAUCGUUUUGGAAACUGCGAUCAUAGCAGAUAUUCAGGAUGACCAGGCUGAAAUGGCUGAAAUCACAGUGGAAACAACGGAGUUUGAAAUACCAGAGAAUCAGGAGAGCCAAGACGCUAAUGCCUCUGCAAGCAUCUCUACUGUUACAUCAGGUGAAGUGUCUCCCAAAGGUACAAAGGAACGGAAAGAAAAAAUUAAAUCUCGUAAGCACAAAAAAGAAACAAAUUCCAGCAGCAGUGAAGCUCAUCAAGCUAGAAAUUCUCAAUUGGAGAGGCAGAUGGAGGAGCUGCCGAAAUCUUUGACGUCCACAGAAGACUCACCUAAAAACGCUACAGAAAAUGCAUUGCAAAAUGAAACAAGAAUUGAGCCAACUGCUACGACAAAGGAGGACAAGGCUGCUACAACAUCGACAAAGGAGGACCAAUCGGCCGAUAUUAAAAUAUGUGCUGACAAUUGCGAAGGAAAAGCACAGAAAGCGGAUGAUCAAAUGGUGGAACAGCGCUCACAAUCCGAAACACCGCUUGCUAAGCCGAAAAAGGAGAAGAAACGAAAGAACACAAAACAAUAUUCCGACGAUAAACUAGGCGACAUAAAAGAUCUCAACUCCUCCACCGAAGAGACCAAAAUUCUAGAGAGUAAAGGAAAAAACAACGAAGCAGGAGAUGUAGUGGGAAAAACGCGAAAACCACGAAAAGGAAAAACCGCACAGGAACCAAUUAAGAAGGGUAACACUAGUGAUGGUGAUGCGGUUUCGGAGAGCGUAGCUGUUGAAACGGCUGAGAAAGAAAUUUUAGCGAAAGCACCUCCCAAAAAACGCCUUUUGAAAAUGCAAAUGCAACUUGAAGAAAAGUCUGCGUCUGUUUGUUAUUCUGUCAGUUCUGAGUUGGCAACUACCAGUGUGGCUGACGUUGAAACGAAAUCGCCAUCUGCAAAGAAAGCUGUAACUGAAACCGGCAAGACAAACGAAUCAUCGCAUAAAAAAACGAAUAAGGGCACGCAAGCGUCUGAUGAUAAAAAACGUACGAGUUUUGAGAGCCAACAGGAAUCAUCCGUGGAAGAGGAGAGCCGCUCAGCAACAUCUACACCCUUAGCCAAACGGUUUAAACACCAAAAAUCGUUAGAAAAAACACCAGAGGAUAAAGCGAAGUCAAGCAGCAAAAGAAAACCAAAAUUGGAUCUAUUAAGCGGUAGCGCAGAGAAAUCGGAUACAACGAAGCCCGAAAUCAAAGAUAAAGACAAACCUUUGUCGGCUUCGAAAAAAUCGGAGAAGAAGAAAUCUUUAGCUACUGAUGAAUCUGCAAGCAACGAAUCGGGCCAGAAAAUGGAAGACAAAAAUGCGAAGAAAAAGAGACAAAAGAAACUCAAGGAAGCAUUUGAGGCUGCUCUAAAAGAUGCUUUACUUAAAUCUGAAGAUCAUGCCGAUUCCUCUAAAAACAUUGUCAACGCUGCAGCAAUUGACGUUCCAUCGAUUACGGAAGAACGGGUAGAGCAGUCGCCGCCUGCUGCAACUGCUGUUGCAGCAGACCAACAAGUUUCAACUGCGGAAACUGUUGAUAAUCAACCACCUGAACCAAUUAUUGCCAACGAGCCAGAGGAGGAACCGGAUCCAUUAAAAGAUAUUGAGAAGUUUAUCGAAGAUGGUGUAAACCUGCUUAAGCGCGGUUAUAAGAUCGAAGAUGACAGUGUCGAUGAAGUUAUUUGUCCGAAGACCAUUACAAAACAAGAUGAUUUCAAUUCUGAAAUGACAAAGCAAGUAGAAGAAGCAACAGCCGCUUCAAAUUCUCCAGUUGUGGAGGGUAUGAUAACACCCAAUGAAAGCAUAUCUGGCGAGGUAACACCGCCUGAUAAAUCUUUUGAAGAACCACAUUCUGCCCAGAGUCUAAAUAUUUAUUAUGAAACGCCAGCUGAUACCCCAGUUUCUACACCAACAACAACGCCACCACCAAAGAGUCCUUCGUAUGAUUCAUCAUUUGAUGAAAUAUCUGGUGUGCGACGUUCACAUCGCAUUAAACUAAUAACUAAGACACCAAAAGCACUUGUGGGUCGCGGCUUGGUGCGCGAGAAGGAACGUUUUUCCAUAAAAGACGAUGUAGAAAUGAAGACACAUUAUAGUCUGGAUGAUCACCUUACGGAUUUGGCGCAAGUAGAGGCAAAGAAUGCAAAAUUCCUAAAAGAAAUGGAAGAGCGCUUGAGCAAUUUUCACGUUAUUAAAGAGAAUGAGUACAAGUGCGAGCGUGUGAUAAGUAGAGAAGCACGUAAAAUGGUGUGCGAUUGUUUUUUAACAUCCGAGGAGGAAGUGCGCGGCGAAUUGGGAUGUGGCGAAGAUUGUUUGAAUCGUCUGCUUAUGAUAGAGUGCGGUCCUGAUUGCAAUGUAAAAGAUCGUUGUACAAAUAAACGCUUUCAGAAACUUCUAUGUUCGCCGUGUCGUGUUUUUCGAACCGAAAAGAAAGGAUUCGGCAUAAUGGCUGACAUUGAAAUAUUACCGGGGGAAUUUAUUAUGGAAUAUGUCGGUGAGGUGAUUAAUGGCGAUGAGUUUGAACGGCGACGUAUUGUCUAUUCACAGGAUAAGAACCGUCACUAUUAUUUUAUGGCAUUGCGUAGCGAUGCUAUAAUAGAUGCUACAAUAAAAGGUAACAUCUCUCGCUUUAUUAAUCAUUCUUGCGACCCAAACGCGGAGACCCAAAAAUGGACUGUGAACGGUGAACUGCGUAUAGGUUUCUUUAGCCGGAAGUCCAUUAUGCCAGGUGAGGAAAUAACAUUCGACUAUCAGUACCAACGUUAUGGAAGAGAGGCCCAACGCUGUUAUUGUGAAUCGGCAAACUGCCGCGGCUGGAUAGGUGAAGAGCCCAACUCGGACGAGGGUGAACAAAUCGACGAUGACAGUGACGCCGAUAAUUUAGCGGAUGGCAGCGACGAAGACGAGAGCGAUGAUAGCAUUGGUGAUGGCGAAGAUGCACAUAAGAAAUUAGACGCCGAUGGAACUGCAAACAAAUCAGCAUUUGGUGGUGAAGAUGACAAAUUAAAGUUGGAAGAGAAACUGGAUGGCUCGGGAAAAGAAAAGAAGAAAAAAGAAGAAGAGGAUGAUGAUACGAAGAUUAAGUUGAAAAAAUUGUCUGGCAAGUCCAUGGAUAAGGCGUCUCGCAAAAAGAAACAAAAUAAAGAAAAGAAAGAGAAGAGGCUGCGCAAAGCAGUUUCAGGCAAACCAAGUAAAACUUCCCGCUAUUUGGAAGAUCCAGACAUCGAAGACGAAGUCAAGUUCCUUAGUCGUGGUGGGCUACGAAACCAGUCAGAUACAUUGCGGUUUUCGCGUUUGGUUGUCCGCGCUAAAUUGCCACAGACACGUCUCAAUCUGCUGAAAAUCCUGCGCAACGCCGAAGUGCCUUGCCGCCGGCUAUUUUUGGACUACCAUGGCCUUCGAUUGCUGCAUGGUUGGAUGUGCGAAGACGGUGGUGAUAUGGCUAUACGUCUGUCGCUCCUAGAGGCAUUGGAGAGUUUGCCCAUAGCGAAUAAGACUGUACUCACUGAUAGUAAAGUUUAUCAGAGUGUACGAAAUUGGUGCGGCAAUUCGGUGCCAGACAAUAGCGGCCCGGCUGGCAAUACCUCGUCACCAAGCGACGAGUCAUCUAAGGAAAGCUCAAGUAGCAACUCGCAACCAGAAAUUGUCAGUGGUCAGGAAGUACCUUCAGAACUACAAAAAUUGGCUAUUAAAUUAACCACUGUGUGGAAUAGUUUGCCAGAAAUCUUCCGCAUACCCAAACGUGAACGCAUCGAGCAAAUGAAAGAGCAUGAGCGGGAGGCGGAUCGACAAUUUGCUGAAGCAUCUGUCGACAACAGUCGAUCUGUGCUAAGCGAUCGUUAUCAGCGUGAUCGAUUUGGACGUGGUCCGACUACUUCUCGUUACACGAAACCAAGUUUUAGCAAAGAUAACCGAAACGGUAACAUAUCCACUGUUGGCUCAAUGUCGGUGAACGAUCCACGGCGACGUACUACAGCAGAUAGCAAUAACGUAAGCAACGACAACAUGAAGCACUUGUCGAAAGAGCAACGGCGUGAGAUGUUUGCAGCUAAGGUGGCUCGCGAUGAGGCCGAGAAACGUAUGGCUGAGGAGCGUAGAGAGUUUGAAACAAAGUGUCGUUUCUUUGGAUUAGACCCCAAAAAGACGCGUCCACAGGAUGUUCCCUUCUGUGUAGACCCAUCAACAGGUCAGUGGUAUUCCGUAGCUAGACAACCGAUACCGACCCCACCAUGCUAUGCACACGUACAGGUGCACCCAAAACCCAAGUCUACAGAUCCAGCUGACUACAAGCUACCUACGGUUGUUUCGAGCUUGCCGCACCAAUGGAAAUAUGCGAUCACCGCACUAGGCCAAAUAUAUUACUAUCACGCUAAGCAACGAAUUCCACAAUGGCAUCCGCCAACACCGGAGCAAUUGCGUGCUGAUGCCGAAGGGGCAGAUAGUUCGGACAGUGAGUCCUGCGAGGAAGCCAAAUUGGUGAACGAAAGCAGCGAAGAGGAUGAAGUUCUGAUGGGAAUGGAUGAAGCCCAGUUGAAGGCUUUUAUUGAUAAGAAAGUGGAACAUCGUCGAAACAAGCGCUACAACCGUUUGGUCGAUGAGCGUCCUAUUAGUCCUCGCAAAGAAGAGGAUCGCAUUUAUAAUCAAAUGGAGAUGCGCAAAUACAAAGAAAACAAGGAGAAAAUACGAAAACGUAAAGAAGAAAUUCGGCGCAAGCGCGCUGAAGCUCUGAAGGCAGCUGCCAGUGGCGGAAUAAAUCCAAGUGACAUUGGAGAAAAUCCAACCGCCGAUAGCAUUGCUACAAAAUUCAAAAAUGGCAAUAAUUCUGAUGAUCCAGAUGGCGCGAUACCAAUACAAGACUAUUUGUUGUCAUCCGAUGAAGAGGAAAUAAUGAAGGCAGAAUGCGAUAACAGUCCACUAUUGGACAAAAUUGUACAAGGCGACAAAAUUGUCGACGAAUUGGAUGCACUUACCACAAAACGUGCGCUCAAGCGUCCUUUGCCUCCCCAUCGUGACCUCAGCGCACAGCCAGGGCCGAGUAAUGCUGCCGUUAGUAGUAGUGUUAUUAGUAGUGUUAGUGCUGCUGGUGGUAGUAGUGAGCAUAAACGCCGAAAAUCGGAUAAAAAGGAGAAGAGCAAAAAGAGCAAGGACUCAGACUCUAAGUAUCGUCGAAAUAAAGAAAAGUUCCGUUGCGAAAUAGCCGGGAUUAUUGUGCAACAUUUAAAACCAUAUCGUAAGGAGUCAUGUUCUAUGGGUCGUAUACAGAGCAACGAAGAUUUUAACCAUCUAGCACGAAAACUGACACAUUUCGUGAUGGUGAAGGAGUUGAAGUAUUGUGAAUCAGUUGGCCAAAUUCUUGUCGUCACUGAAUCUGUUAAAAAUAAGUCUCGGGAGUUCAUAAAAAAAUAUAUGGCAAAAUAUGGCGGCUCUUAUGUGCGACCCGCCAAUGAUCCGGAAUUUAAGGAUAUCCCAUUUACUCUUUAAAUAUUUGCAUAGUUCUUAUUUCAGCGGUUACUUGCGCCAUUAAGUGGCGUCGCUGCUGGUCGAUUUUUUUUUUUUAUUUCUGGCAGCAUGAUUUCGAAACGCAUUUUAACGGGGCUACGCUACUAAUUGAAAAAGUUCUAAUAAAUGCAUAAAUUUUACUUCAUAUCUCACCAGUUUAAAAUACUAAUUAAUGGCAUAAUGGUUGAAUUCGGAAUAUUUAAAAAUUUUAAUAUAAUUUUAAUAGUUAGUAUUUUUUUAGUUGUAAACCAAUAUGUUUGUAUUCCCUUUUACAGCUUGAGAAUUGAGAUGUAUUUAUAGAGAAUACGGAAAUAUGGUUAUGUUAAAAUUAGUUUUCACAAAAAAAAAAGUAAUAUUAUGUAAACGUUGCUGAAAUAAGCAGCAACUUUAUAUGCAAAAGAGUUAAUAAAAGUGGAAUAAUGGAAAUCGUGCUCAAUA